UGUCGACAAUCCUCCCUACCUAUCCAGUGCCACUUUGGAACCAAGUUGUUGGUAUCUUUGUAGCUGCGGCUGGCUACCUUAAAUUGCGUUGGCAACUGUGGACGUCUCAUGGCAGCAUCUAUUUGCGGACAACAAAAAUAAAGGCUAUACUUCUUAGCUCCAACGCAAGCAGAAGUCGAAGAGGAGUCCUGUCCCAAUAAGAAGUUUGCGAAAAAGAGACCACGCCUUGUUUCUUGUAGUUUUUGGGUAUAAAUAGAGACCACUUUUUCACAUUAUUUCAUCAUUCGAAUCUUCUUCCUGCUUAGUACUUGUUAACUGAGACUUAAAAUGACCACGAAAUACCCUUCGGUUAGCAUCUUUCCCCUGCUGAUCGCAGCUGUUUGGCUGGCCUCAGCAACUGCAACCUCCACCGGCAGAGAGCCGAAACAGUUGUUGUUUCCUACUCCUUUUUACCGCAUUCAACCCGUGAUGGAAUCUCGUUUUGGACCUGGUCUCCGUCAAUCAAAUUCGCCAAUUUAUCCUAUGAUCGGACAACAAGGUUUUGGGCCUUUUUUGGGUGAUUUCCCGAAUCAGCUGUUUCGUCAGUCGUGCCCGGAUUGCGCAACGCCUCCAGCUGAAACUAUUACGACAUGCGGUUGGGGAAAAGAUGCAAGGCUAUCAGCAGCUCCCAGUGGAACCAUCUCCGUUACAAUCCCACAGAUUGACAAAUCCCAACCAACAACCUUGAGUUGUCUCUACGGUUUCGUCGCUUAUUACCCGAACAGCAAAGUCCAGCUGAAAUGCACUUCGUUGGGAAGCGGCACCACGUUAGGCGUUUAUAACAUUGUAUAUCCAGUUACAGAGGGUGCGGUCGACACAGUUUACACUUCAAAGGGGAGCUUCUUAUUAGUGGCUUUGAAGGGCAUGAAGGCUGAAUCAGAGCUCCAAGCCGAAUGCACUUGGGAAACCGUCCUGGGGUAACCUGAAAAUGGUGAGAAAGGACUGGCACAUGCAUAGUCCAAGUUUACGUAACUUUGAUUUAUUAAGCUGAACUCUUCAAAACAGUUCAUGUGUCAUUAUCGUUGAAUAUUUUAACUAUUUA